AUGGUUUUUAGCUGGUCGUUCACAUCAGACGAGACUUCACAUCCUGCUUCCGGAGAUGCCACAGUUUCAUCUAUCACGGAUGCUUGUAGAACGGACUCUUAUAGAACAUAUUUGAUUUCCGAAGACCCUCUUGUCAUUUACAUAGAGUCAUUCGUUACUCCAGAAGAAGCCUCACAGCUCACUGACCUGAGUGAAAGCAAAUUCAAACCUUCACCCCUCUGGUCAGACGAUGGCAAAGUCUCGUUCAACACCAACUACCGCUCCUCCCUCACUGCAUCACUCGAACGCCAAUAUCUCAUCAAAUGCAUUGAGUCCCGAGCCCGCUCUUUCCCCUUCUACCUCUCCCCCAGCGACAGCCUCAUCAAACCCCUCGUCGUCCAACGCUACGGUCCCACAAACCAAUACCGCGACCACUAUGACUGGUUCACCGACUCGCCCACCCUGGACGGUAACAUCGACAGCACCUUUUUCGUCUACAUCCAAGCCAACUGCACUGGGGGCGGCACCAACUUCCCUCGUUUGAAAGCACUAGAAGACGAGAAAUGGUGCAAGUGGGUGGAUUGUGAUCAGGAAUUGGGCGCGGGAGUCACGUUUAGACCGAUUACGGGGAAUGCGAUUUUUUGGAGGAACUUGGACGCGCAGGGGAAGGGCCUGAAGAGUACGUUGCAUGCAGGGCUGCCGGUGACGGAGGGCAUGAAGACGGGGUUGAAUAUUUGGACUUGGGUUAGGUAUGACAGGGCGAUAUCUGAGCUUUGA